AUGGGGGAGGCAAAGGGGGAGGUGUAUAGUGGGAAAACAAUGGAAAAGGUAAGUUACACAUGGCUACUGCAAGAUUAUAAGAAGUAUAGGGAGCUAGGGCCCGGGGUGGCUCUCGUAAGCCCGGCAUUCGAUGGGCCGAAUGGUCAUAAAUUCAAGAUCAAAUUCUACCCUGGUGGAGCUACACAGCGUGCCUAUAUUGCUUGGGCUGUUUCAUUCGCUAUUGAAACUACACAAACAGCUGAGCUGGUUCUUAGUUUCAAGACUGUGGAUCCACUUAUAAGCUUUGCAUCUGCCCAGAGUUGUUCAUUCAAAAAAAGAGGAAUAUUUAGGCGUGUAUUUAGUGUCCAAGCUGGACACACCUCUCCCAGUAUUCAAUUGUCGAGAUACCGUUUGGAAAGUGAACUCAUAACAGGAGAAAAUGCUUUCAAGAUUGAGGCAACAAUUGGGGUUUUCAUCAAUACCAAUACCAACACCAACCACCCGCCAAUUGAUCGUUUCCUGUUUUUCAAAGUAGACGAUAAACGAUUCUUUGCAGAGCAGUCUAUAAUUGAAGAGCGAUGCCCCGCUCUCCUACCAAAUUCAUCCUCGCACGAACCAGACGCCGACAUUGUUGUUACGGAUAUUGAACCGGAUAUAUUUGAUGCUCUAUUAUGGUUUAUAUAUAACAAGAAGCAUCAUCAUUCUGAUGCAGAAGAUAUCUGUAGAUCCAACACUCGUGAUCCCAAUUCGUAUAGGACGAGGAUAUGGAGAGUUGCUAUGCGCUGCGAAUUGCCAGGCUUCGUCACCAGCGAUUCAGGGGUGUAUUUAGAAGAUUUACAGCGUCCAUUCGUGACAACAUGGAACACAGUAUGUCAAAUUAUCGAAGUUAUUAGGAGCAAGCUCAACAGGGUACCCAAAAUUGUGCCUGAUUCAUAAACAAAAAUACUAUUAUUGCAGUGUUCGCAAAUGAAGGAGGAUUGGUAUGAUUAUUCCUCACUUAGAUUUCAUUAAUAAAUCUAACGAAAUUAUUUCGUGAGAUCUAUUUGUGUUUUUUUUCUACUCUAAGUUCUAUGUUUUUUUUUCUAUUAAGCGUGGACUACUUUCAUUUA